AGGAGGCCAGAUGAGGGAAGGCAGAUGUAGGCGCCCAGUCUGUCAGCGCCUUGGUGGGGGAGCUGGGUGGGCAAGCCUGCAGUCGCUCCCAGGAACCAGCCCUGGGCUGCGGGGAGGCGAAGUUGGUUGGUCCUGCCCUCCUGGGGCGCCCCGACAUCGACGUAAAAUGACUUGGCAGCAGAGCUCCUGCCGCUUCCCCCUUAUGCAGCUGCCCUCGCCGACGCCAGGGACUGUAACGGCAGAUGGGACAGGGCCUAGCCGUUCAGCCAACACUUUGAGCUUCCCAGCCAAACUCCUACCCCCACUCCCCGCUUCUGGUCCUCACCCCCUUCCUCUCUCCUAGCCUCGGUGUCUGGUUACGGCUCCUCUGCUCGCACUGUGACUUUGGGCCAGGCUGGGGGAAAUGACCCGGGAGGGUCCCGUGUGGCUACAUAAAAUUGGCAGCCUUAGAACCAGUGGGAAGGCGGGUGCGCUAAAUCGAGGGGCGGAGAGAGGGGGCGGAGGAGCUGUUUUCUGAAUCCGAGUCCGUGGGCUCUCUCAGAAGUCCUCAGGCCGGAGCAGAGGUGGCUGGCGGGCCCGGCUGACUGCGCCCCUGCUUUAUUUCCAUAACCUUUUCUUUCGGACUCGAAUCACGGCUGCUGCGAAGGGCCUAGUCCCGGACACUAGGGUGCCACGAACGCGCUGAUGCCCCAGUGCUCGCAGGGCUUCCCGCUAACCAUGCCGCCGCCGCCCGCAGCUGCCUUGGCGCUGUCUGUGCUCCUGCUACUGCUGAUGGUGCGGACGCCGCUCCCGACCGGCGCAAGGCCGUCGUCAGGCCCAGAUUACCUGCGGGGCUGCUGCUGGGAAUGCGCCAACCUCGAGGGCCAGCUCUGCGACCUGGACCCCAGUGCUCACUUCUACGGGCACUGCGGCGAGCAGCUUGAGUGCCGGCUGGACACAGGCGGCGACCUGAGCCGCGGAGAGGUGCCAGAACCGCUGUGUGCCUGUCGCUCGCAGAGCCCGCUCUGUGGGUCCGACGGUCACACCUACGCCCAGAUUUGCCGCCUGCAGGAGGCGGCCCGCGCUCGGCCCGCUGCCAACCUCACUGUGGCACACCCGGGGCCCUGCGAAUCGGGGCCCCAGAUCGUAUCACAUCCAUAUGACACUUGGAAUGUGACAGGGCAGGAUGUGAUCUUUGGCUGUGAGGUGUUUGCCUACCCCAUGGCCUCCAUCGAGUGGAGGAAGGAUGGCUUGGACAUCCAGCUGCCAGGGGAUGACCCCCACAUCUCUGUGCAGUUUAGGGGUGGACCCCAGAGGUUUGAGGUGACUGGCUGGCUGCAGAUCCAGGCUGUGCGUCCCAGCGAUGAGGGCACCUACCGCUGCCUUGCCCGCAAUGCGCUGGGUCAGGUGGAGGCCCCUGCUAGCUUGACAGUGCUCACACCUGACCAGCUGAAUUCUACAGGCAUCCCCCAGCUGCGAUCACUAAACCUGGUUCCUGAGGAGGAAACUGAGAGUCAAGAGAGUGACGAUUACUACUAGCUCUGGCCCAUGGGGGUUGCUCACACCCGAGAUCUGAGGUUCCACGAGCGCCGACCCAGAGUUGCCCAGGCCUGAAAGCGGGAGAGGCUCAGUCACACCCUACAUUCCCCCACCUCCGAGAUUUUAAGUAUAGUCCGCUUGAAAUCCCUGGAAUGCUCUUUCUUCUGGCUCCUACCCAGAGAUCUGGAGUCCGGACCAACCGGGGCAGGAAGGGUCCGUCGGACCAGCCCCUCCCAAGCCGAGGCUUCCAGGUCUCAGCCGGGCUCUUCUUCUUGCUUUUAGCUGAGCCGAGCUGGGCAUGCCUCUCUCCUCCAUCUAGGGCAGGGUGUGAAGCGGAAGCCAGAGGGGGCUGUCUGAAAAUGACCUUGAUCCCCUCCUCGGGCUGUCGUGAGGAGGAGAGCCGCUUCGCCUGGCUGCUCGUCAUCGCUAAGGCUCCAAAGAAUGGUUGCGCAGCCGUGUUGGUAUAACCGAGGGUGUCCUGGAGAAGCCCAGCCCCUGGCGCUCUGGUGACCUGGGGGGUCGAUGUACGGACUGGGCAGAACUGAGCCCGAAGCCGGAGAGCGCCCCUGAAAAAGAAGCCUGGAAGCCCGAGAGAUGAACCCGACUCAGAGAGGGCAAAGACUGCAGACCUUGGGGACCGAGGACACGCUCACCACGAUGGUGGGGGCUGGGGGGAGGGUGCGGGCGGUGGCGUGCGGGGAAUCGCCUGGGGAACACCUGGCUCUGCAAGUUUUGUGCCUUAGCGGAAAGAGGCGACAUCUCUGGCAACUUGGGAGUACAGGAAGUGGCGAAGGAGUGCCAUCUGCUGGAUCAUUCUGGUAGUGACACUCAGACCUGAGCCAGGGGCCUCGAGACAGUUUACUUAACUGGAAAAAUCUGAGUAAAAAAAUAGAUGCUUCAA